AUGGCAAACACCUCGGCUGUUAACGGCCAAACCAGCUGGCAUGGAGCUGGGGCUGCCGAAUUUGAUCUGCGCAGUGACACGAUGACAAAGCCAACCCCGGCCAUGCUCAAUGCAAUCUGCCAGACCACCCUCCUCGACGACGUCUUCAACGAGGACCCAACCACCAAUGCGCUACAGAGCUAUGUGGCUGAGAGAACCAAGCACGAGGAUGCCCUCUUGGUGUUGUCAGGAACCAUGGGAAACCAAGUCGCUAUCCGCUCCCAUUUGACUCAGCCUCCCUAUGCAGUGCUGUGCGACCAUCGGUCUCACAUCAUCUGCUAUGAGGCAGGGGGUGUCAGCGCUUGGACCGGCGCAACCGUGCAGACCGUUGUUCCCCAAAAUGGCAUCCAUUUGACCUUGGAGGACAUUCAAAAACACGCCGUGCUAGACGAUGAUAUCCACCACUGCCCGACCAAGUUGAUCAGCUUAGAGAACACCCUCAACGGCCUGAUCAUGCCCCUUGAUGAGGCACGACGCAUCGUAGAAUGGGCACAUGCCAACGAUAUUAAAGUCCAUUUGGAUGGCGCUCGGCUGUGGGAGGCUGUCGUCUCUGGGGCUGGCAGUCUUGUCGAGUAUGCCAGUCUAUUUGACAGUGUAAGUCUGUGCUUCUCCAAGGGCCUUGGCGCUCCCAUUGGUAGCAUCAUUGUUGGAUCGCAAGCCUUCAUCAAGAAAGCCCGUUGGUUCCGAAAGUCAAUCGGUGGUGGCGCUCGCCAGACGGGAGUCUUUGCUGCCGCUGCCCGGAUCGCCCUCGACGAAACCUUCGGUAUAGAUGACCAUGGCAAGACUGGAAAGCUUCCUGCCACGCAUGCAAAGGCCAAGCAAGUCGCGGAAUACUGGACCAGCCGUGGAGGCAAGCUGCAGUAUCCCGUGCACACCAAUAUGGUCUGGCUGGAUUUGGUGGCGUCCGGGGUGGGACCCAACGAUCUCACAUCCAUUGGCCAGGAACAAGGUUUACAGUUGCUUGGGAACCGGGUUGUUGUUCAUUACCAGGUCUCGGACGAUGCAAUUGCGCGGCUGAGCCAAGUAUUCGACAUUGCUCUGAAGGGUGACUACCAGCGGAGCGAAGAUGUGAAGAAAGCAUAUGGGAGCAGCAAGUAG